UUCACAUCACAAUAGGGUUGCAGCAGAUAAACGCCACCACUCUCUUUCUGUCUCUCUCUUUCUCUUCUUCUUCCCUCUGCUCCGAAGGGUUAACCGAUAAACCCUAACUCUUUACCUCGUCCAACUCCAUUCACGCUCUCCACUCUCUCUGCCUCUCUGCAGCAAUGGGUGCUUCUCUGCCUCCCAAAGAGGCCAACCUCUUCAAGCUCAUCGUCAAAUCAUAUGAAACUAAACAAUAUAAAAAGGGACUGAAGGCAGCGGAUGCCAUAUUGAAGAAGUUUCCGGACCAUGGAGAAACCUUAUCGAUGAAAGGGUUGACUCUGAACUGCAUGGACCGAAAAUCUGAAGCAUAUGAACUCGUCCGGCAGGGACUAAAGAAUGACCUCAAAAGUCAUGUUUGCUGGCACGUAUAUGGUCUUCUCUACCGUUCAGACAGAGAAUACAGAGAAGCCAUUAAAUGCUACAGAAAUGCAUUGAGAAUAGAUCCAGACAAUAUUGAAAUCUUACGAGACCUCUCGCUCUUACAGGCACAAAUGCGAGACUUGACAGGUUUUGUUGAAACAAGGCAGCAGCUUCUCACUCUGAAACCCAAUCAUCGCAUGAAUUGGAUAGGCUUUGCAGUUUCCCAUCAUUUAAACACCAACCCCUCAAAGGCAAUUGAUAUUCUUGAAGCAUAUGAAGGGACCCUUGAAGAAGAUUAUCCGCCGGAAAAUGAGCGAUGUGAACAUGGGGAGAUGCUACUCUAUAAGGUUUCAUUGAUGGAGGAAUGUGGCUAUAUUGACAGAGCUCUUGAAGAAUUGAACAAAAAAGAAUCUAAAAUUGUUGAUAAAUUGGCAUACAAAGAACAAGAGGUUUCUCUCUUGGUAAAGUUGGGUCAUCUGGAAGAAGGGGCCAAGUUGUACAGGGCAUUGCUUUCUAUGAAUCCAGAUAAUUACGGAUACUAUGAGGGCCUGCAAAAGUGUGCUGGGCUAUAUCGGGACAGUGGUGAGUACUCAUCUGAUGAAAUUGAUCAGCUGAGCUCCCUGUACAAAUCUCUUUCAGAGCAGUACAGUUGGUCUUCUGCUGUCAAGAGAAUACCACUAGAUUUUCUACAAGGUGACAAAUUUCGAGAAGCAGCGGAUAACUACAUCAGGCCUCUUUUAACUAAGGGAGUUCCUUCAUUGUUCUCUGAUCUCUCUCCGUUGUAUGAUCACCCUGGAAAGGCAGACAUCUUGCAGCAACUUUUUCUUGAGUUGGAGCAUUCAGUAAGGACGACUGGUGGAUAUCCGGGAAGGGGAGAGAAAGAGCCACCUUCGACUCUCAUGUGGAUUUUGUUUUUGUUAGCGCAGCAUUAUGACAGACGUGGUCAGCAUGAUGUUGCUCUGUCAAAAAUUGAUGAGGCUAUAGAGCACACUCCAACUGUGAUUGAUUUAUACUCAGUGAAGAGUCGGAUAUUGAAGCAUGUGGGAGAUUUAGCAGCUGCAGCUGCCUUGGCAGAUGAAGCCAGAUGUAUGGAUCUUGCUGACCGCUACAUCAAUAGUGAAUGCGUCAAGCGUAUGCUACAAGCUGAUCAGGUGACUUUGGCCGAGAAGACAGCUGUCUUAUUCACAAAGGAUGGUGAUCAGCACAACAAUCUCCAUGAUAUGCAGUGCAUGUGGUAUGAACUUGCAUCUGGCGAGAGUUAUUUCCGCCAAGGUGAUCUUGGGCGUGCUUUGAAGAAAUUUUUAGCUGUGGAGAAGCACUAUGCUGACAUCACGGAGGACCAGUUUGACUUCCAUUCGUACUGCUUGAGAAAAAUGACCCUACGUGCCUAUGUAGAAAUGCUGAAAUUUCAGGACCGCUUGCAUGCUCACCCUUAUUUCCAUAAAGCAGCUGCAGGAGCUAUCAGAUGCUAUAUUAGGCUUUUUGAUUCACCCCCGAAGUCAGCAGCUGAAGAAGAUGACGAAACCUCAAAGCUGCUUCCAUCUCAGAAAAAGAAACUCAGGCAAAAGCAGAGAAAGGCAGAAGCCCGGGCUAAGAAAGAAGCAGAAGUUAAAAAUGAAGAUUCCACUGCCAGUGGUGUCUCAAAAUCUGGGAAAAAGAAUGUCAAGCCUGUUGAUCCAGAUCCCCACGGGGAGAAGUUGGUGCAGGUUGAGGAUCCCCUAUCCGAAGCAACGAAAUACUUGAAGCUGCUUCAGAAGAAUUCCCCUGAUUCUUUGGAAACACACUUGCUUGCCUUUGAAGUGAAUAUGAGAAAGCGGAAGAUUUUACUUGCUUUUCAGGCUGUGAAGCAACUUUUGAGAUUGGAUGCAGAAAGUCCUGAUACACAUCGCUGCCUGAUCAAAUUUUUCCAUGGGGUGAGUUCCAUGGUUUCCCCUGUCACUGACUCUGAGAAACUUAUAUGGACUGUCCUGGAAGAAGAGCGCCCAACAAUCAGUCAAUUGCACGGGAAGUCUUUGAUGGAGGCCAACGAUUCUUUCCUCGAGAAACAUAAAGAUUCCUUGCUGCAUAGAGCUGCAGCUGCAGAAAUGCUUUAUGUAUUGGAACCCAACAGCAAGUCUCGAGCUAUCAAAAUAAUUGAAGAUUCAACCAACAAGUUGUCUCAAACAAACGGAGCUCUUGGGGCAGUCAUGGAAUGGAAGCUCAGAGACUGCAUUGCCGUUCACAAACUCCUUGAAUCUGUGCUCGUUGAUCACGAUGUCGCAUCAAGAUGGAAGGUCCAUUGUGCCAAAUAUUUCCCCUACUCAGCAUAUUUUGAAGGGAGCCACAGUUCUGCAUCUCCCAGUUCUGCUUACAAUCAGAUCCGCAAGAAUCCAGAAAAUGGAGGAAUGGACCACCUAGCCGGUGGUGCAAGUGUGGAUUUUGCUGCGCCAAAUGGAAAACUUGAAUCUUUUAAAGAUCUCACCAUUUCCCAAUGAUAGGGUAAAAAUGCUUUCUUCCUCCAAGUGAAAUGUAAAGUCCCAUACUUGCCACCACGUCCAGGUCUUCUAAGAUCACAGCAAAUCGAACUAUGGCCUAAGAUCUCAUCGGGAAGAGAGGAAAUGUCCCAUACUUUGGAAGAGUAGUCUCACUUUAUGGAGCUUUCUGUGGGAUACCUCGUGUUUGAGCUUAUCACGUCCAAUUCUGAGGAAGCAUUGCCUUCUGCAAUUGUGUAUAAGUUGCUUUGAUUUCGUCCUAGAGACUGUAUCCUACACCUGCUUCACUUUCGUGUGAGAUCAUUAUGGUGGGAAACUUCAUGGGAUAUUCUCGCCAAAUUGGAACUAUGUUGUUUCGCGAGGUUUAUGAUAUUUUCUUACUAGAUCCUUUGGGUUGGGUGGGGGGAAGAGCAGCAGAAAUUUUUGAGAAGCGUUGGGUUCUACACAUUUGGUUAGGAGGCAAGACAGUAGAGGACAGAGAAAGGCUUGCAGAGUCUUUUGUUCCUGUCAUGUUGUACGUUUUCUUUUUCUUCUUGGUUCACUAUUUAAUUAACCUCAUUAAUUUUUCUUGUAUAAACGGGGGUUCUCGUCUUGUGAAAAAUUUUGCCAUGGAAAAAUACUUAAGAACCAAAGAAUUCUGACGGUUUGAUGUGAUUUGUGGGA